CCCCUUUAUCCCUUGAUAACUACAUUGGUAACCAUCUCUGAACACAUUCCACAUCAAUGGAUGUGCGUUGUGUAUUAUUUUCCGUACAUUGAGCGUCAUUUUCAUGUUUUUCUAUGCAACAAGCCACUUUCGCUGAUAUACGAUUUUAGGAUAAGGACUUAAAGCCAAAAAGGAAUCAUAAUUAUUAAGGGAAUUACAUCUCCAUUUUCGCAGAUCCAAGUCGCCUCUCCAUCAUGGCUACCGAGAAGAGUCCCGACCAACCGGCCGUCAUCACGACCACGACCGUCACAUCGCAUACGACCACCACCAAACAGAUGAAAUCAAGUUCGGGUGUCGGAAUUCAAUUCGAUAAGUCUUUUGCCAAGUCGCCUCAGGGCGUCCUUGCCCUCAUAGAAGCCUUCUAUUCUUUUGUGGCGUUUGUCAUCAUCGCGGCGAGUGAUCGCCAGAUAUAUAAAUCGGGUAGUUUUGCUUUCUUUAUGACGGUCACCUUCAUCGUUUUCUUUUUCACGAUGUGCUACUACAUUGGUGAGGUCACAAACCUACGAUACAAGCUACAGUUACCAUGGACGAUACUGGAUAUGUGGAUCUACUCCAUAUACAUCUUAACCUUGCUGAUAUCAUCUUCUUUGGUAGCAGCUAAUGGAUAUUUACCUAACCACGGUGCAGGAGCGACUUUAGGUUUUGUUGUAAUGCAGCUCUACAUGAUCAGCCUUGUCCUUACGAUAAUGCAAUUUCGGGCAAACCAAGCUCUUAACCAACAGUCGACGGGGGCCAUGGGGGUUGACAACACAGCUAACACAAUAGGGGCAGGGGCGGCCCCCGACAAUUUUUAUAAUGGCCCUGGGCCAGCAUAUUAGUUGAAUAAUCUUCUUUCAAAUAUUUUAUACAUUCAAAAGGGGAGGGGAUCAUAACCUUAUCUAAAGUUUUGAAUUAAGUGAUAUGAUUUAUUUCUAUAUGAUUCGACUUACGAAUAGACUCUGCAGAUAUUCUAUCAAUUAGAACAGAUAUUGUUUAUUAUAUUUUUCAUAUUCCAUCUAGACCUAUAAGACUUAUCUAACAGCGUGACCGUCAUGUUUAAUGUGUUUGUGUAUAGUGUUUAUUAUUGACUGUAUUAUUGUGUGCUAUCCGUUUUUUGGUUCAUGCAAACUGUGCCACCUUGUUCGUUUUUUUAUAACUUUUAAAGUGGUCAGAGAGAAACAAAACGGAACGUUCAGUGAAUAUUGUUUACGAACUUAUCAUAUUUUUAUUAUUAUCUGGGUCAAUCUUUUGAUCUGCUUUGGCAUCAAUAUUAUGAUUUAUUUACAGGGUAUGCUUCAUUCUAAAGAUGCAUUAUGAUAAUAAGCAUUCAGUUUAAUUUUCUUGUUAUGAUUGCAUGUAUAAUAUAUUUGUAUUAUAACACAAAAUGUUCAUGUCAAGUGAAUGAAGAUUAUUGGUAGAUAAAAUUCAAUUCAUUAUUGUUAUGCAAAACUAAACAACUUUCAGUUAAAUGCAAAGCAUUUCUUCAACUUUCGUAACCAUCUUAGUUGCUCGUGUCCAUUUUGUACAAGCAAAAAACAUGGUUUUCUAUCAAUGUGCAGCUGUGUUAUUAAUAAAAUACUAUAUAUUUCACAUUUUUCAUAUAUGUGUCUCUUUGAAUUUCAAAAUCGUAUCACAAUUAUGUUAAUGAAGCAUGAAGGUUUGUAAUCAUGAUAACAUUGUAGUAAUUAAUUCAUUUAGUUAUACAUGUAUUUCAUUUAUUUACUAUAUAUGUUUAUUAUUAUAUUACAAUUCAAUGCGUGUAAUUCGUUAUAACAAAUUACAUGGAAUGAAUUGUAAUAUUAACAUUCGGGGCAAACGGGAAUCCCCACUAAUAAAAAAAAAUAUGUUUUCAAAGCUUUAUGGUCCAACUGAAACAAUAAUUGUUGGAAAAAAAACAUUCAAAUUAAUCAGCUAUAUACCAUGUUUAUAUUUCGAUUUGUACCUUUCCUUUUCUAUUUUCCUUUUAAGAUGGUCAGAUGGUAAGAUCAGAUUAUAAAAUAGUUUUCUUGGCUUUUACAUCGAAUACAAAUUGAGUGCGGCGAGAAAGGUAUUUGAUUCGAUAAUGGUAUUCACGUGAAAUCUUGUACAUUUCAUUUUUAUUGGAAAAAUAAAUUGACUGAGAAAAGUG